AUGGCCGAGAACGCAGCAAAACGACUCAAGACCGAGGGCGGAUCGUCUGACGGCCCCGUCACCAUCGGCACACACAAUGGCCACUUCCACGCCGACGAGGCCCUUGCUGUGUAUAUGCUGCGGCAGCACAUCCCCACCUACGCCGGUGCCUCGCUUGUGCGGACCCGCGACCCGGCCACCCUGGCCCGCUGCCACACUGUCGUCGACGUCGGCGGUGAGUACGACGCUUCGACGCUGCGCUUCGAUCACCACCAGCGUACUUUCUCCACCACCUUCCCCGGCAGGCAAACCAAGCUGUCGAGCGCCGGUCUUGUAUACAUGCACUUUGGCAAGCAGAUUAUUGCCCGCCGCCUCGCCGACCCGGAUUGCGACAACGAGGCGACUGUCGAUAUGCUCUACGCCAAGCUGUACGAGAACUUUGUCGAGGCCCUCGACGCCCAUGAUAACGGCAUCUCGGCCUACGACCCUGCUGUGCUGGCGACGGCGAGUAACGGCCAGCCGCUGCAGAAGCGCUUCUCGGAUGGCGGCUUCACUCUCGGCGCUGUCGUCGGCCGCCUGAACCCGAACUGGAACGACCCCAUCCCGGAGGACCCUGCCGAGGCCCAGGCGGCCGAGGAUCAACGCUUUGAGGCCGCCAGCGCCCGCAUCGGCGAGGAGUUCGACCGCGACUUGGACUACUACACGCGCUCAUGGCUGCCGGCCCGCUCAGUGGUCGCCGACGCCUUCUCGCACCGGGCCGAGCACGACCCUGCCGGCAAGGGGCGUAUCCUCGUCUUCAAGGGGCAGUCCGUCCCGUGGAAGGACCACCUGUACACCCUCGAGCAGGAGAACCCCAGCGCGGGUGAGGUGUUGUACGUUCUGUACCCGGAAAAGCCGACGCCCGACGCCAAAUGGAGGAUCCAAUGCGUGCCCGUGUCCAAGGACUCAUUCCAGAGCAGGCUCCCGUUGCCCGAGGCCUGGAGGGGUUUUAGAGAUGAGGAGCUCGACAAGAUCACUGGCAUCCCGGGAUGCGUGUUUGUGCACGCUGCGGGCUUCAUCGGAGGGAACAAGACUUUCGAGGGUGCCAUGGCAAUGGCCCAGAAGGCUCUCGAACUGGCGUGA